AACCGGAUGUUCCACCCCUGACAGCCUCUCCCCCUCAGCAGAGCGUCAACAUGGAGCUGCUUAUGAACUUUCUUACCUUGUUCUUUAAGGUGUUGACGUUGCCCCUCCAACUGAUCGAAGCAGUUGGUCUCUACCAAUGGUACAAAGGCUUCUUCGCGUUGCUCAUGUCCAAAAUUAGCGUUUCGUACAAUGCGAAAAUGGAUGACAAAAAGAGGGACCUGUUCAGCAACCUUCCGGACUUCAAGAAGCCCUCCGAGCCGCUAACCGUCCUGGAGAUAGGCUGCGGGACCGGGACCAACUUCAAAUACUACCCACCUGGCUGCAAAGUCAUCUGCACCGAUCCCAACAGACACUUCAAGAAAUACCUGGAGAAGGGUAUGAGCGAGAACACCCACCUGUCUUUCGAGAGGUUCUUGGUGGCGGCCGGGGAGGACAUGGGGUCGAUUGAGGACGAGGCUGUUGACGUCGUUGUGGCCACCCUGGUGCUGUGCUCUGUGCGGGACAUGACCCGCACCAUUCAGGAGGCCCACCGCAUGCUCAGGCCCGGGGGAGCCCUCUUCUUCAUGGAGCACGUGGUCGCAGAGCGCUCCUCCUGGACCUACUUCUUCCAGCACGUUCUCCAGCCCAUGUGGUACUACUUUGGCGAUGGCUGUGAGCUGACCCGGUCGACCUGGAACGACCUGGAGGCCGCUGGGUUCUCCGAGCUCAAACUGAAGCGCAUCGAGGCUCCCCUCAACUUCCUGAUCAAGCCACACAUCGUGGGCUACGCCGUCAAGUAGAUUUUGCCUGAUAUCCAAGUCACAACACUGAGAGAAUGACCGACCGUUCCACUUAAAGGUGUAGGGUUUUGUG